AUGGUCAAAACACGCUGGUCCUCAUCUGCAACUGCUCUCUCGUUGCUGCUCAACACGUUCUACGCCCCCACCGUCAGUGCCAUACAAACCAUCUCGGCGGUUGGUUCCAAAUUCUUCUAUGAAGAUGGCACCCAAUACUACAUCAAAGGCAUCGCCUAUCAACUCAUUCCCGAAGAUCCCCUGAUUGACACCGCUCAAUGCACGCGAGAUGCCGCCCGCAUGGCCGAGUUGGGCACCAAUGCAAUCCGUGUGUACCAUGUGGACCCUAAAGCCAACCACGACGGAUGCAUGAAAGCUUUCGCAGAUGCAGGCAUUUACCUGUUCGUCGAUCUCGACACGUUCGACACCGCGAUCUCUCAGGACGACCCCCACUGGGACCAAUCCCAAUUCGACAGCUUCAAAGCCGUGCUGGAUGCCUUCCAGAAAUACGAUAACACCGCCGCUGUCUUCGUCGGUAACGAAGUCCUCACCACCAAGGACGGCUCUGCCGCCGCCCCCUACGUGCUAGCCGCAGCCCGCGACAUCAAAUCCUAUCGCAAUGCGCAACACUACCGCUCCAUCCCAGUCGGCUAUUCGGCCGCUGACAUCGCUGAGCUGCGCCCCAUGCUGCAGAACUACCUAGCCUGUCGCUCUGACCCCGCCGAACGGCUCGAUUUCUUCUCCCUCAACGCCUACGAAUGGUGCGGUGACUCCUCAUACGAGCAGUCCGGCUACGAGUCCCUCCAGGACCAAGCGGCCGGCUACCCCAUCCCCAUCUUCUUCUCCGAAACAGGAUGCAACGUAGCUCGUCCCCGCACCUUCUCCGACCAGGCCGCUAUCUUCGGUGACCACAUGUCGGGCACCUGGUCUGGCGCCAUGAUCUACGAAUGGAUCGAGGAGACAAAUGACUACGGCCUGAUCGAGUAUGGUCCCCCCGGCGCGGACACUCCCCCGACUGCUACCAAGGAUCUCGUCGUCCAGGACGGCUUCACUCGUCAGGGUGAACCCACUCCCAUCCAACCUGACUUCGAUAAUCUCAAGAACCAGUGGGCUACGCUCCACCCUACUGGCGUCGCUCUGUCCGACUAUGUUAAAUCCACCGCUGCGAUCUCCCCUCCGAAAUGCCCUGCCUCCACGGACGGUGGAUGGGCCGUUGAUCCAUCCGCCCCGCUCCCAACUAUCGGUCAGGCCUUCGUCCCUGCUGAUGAUGAUGAUAAAUCUAGUGAUAGCCAACGUGACGGUGCUGCCUCGCCUGCUUCCGCCACUGCAACUACCACUGGUACUGCAUCCGAGUCAGGAGCAGACGGUUCAGACUCUUCCAACUCUUCAUCGGGUCAGCAGUCUUCUUCCUCUUCAAGUACAGGUCCAAGCGGGGUAGCUGCUUACAGCCCAUCGAGCGGGGCUCUGUCCAUGCAUGCUGGGAACGGUGGCUUUCUGUUCCGUCUUGAUAUAUCUGCACUAUUUUGCGCGGUUAUUGGGGGCGUGGCGUGGUGGCUGUAG